AAUGGACAGUACCACUUCAGAACCACUUCAGAAUGCCACCAAGGGAAGAGCUUCUUCCCUGACAGGAGAGUCUCCACCCCCACCCCACCCCCAUUUCUACCUCAACUGCCACAGGUUUGCUGAGCUGUGGGAACAUGUAGCACCGGAUAUAGGAGCCCACCAAUGCAGCACUGAAUGUUCAGCAUGUUUGAAAAACUUCUUGGCUAUAAAAUGCCAUGUGUUGGACCCCUUCACAACCAGUAACAUCUGAAGCCUGCCUAUCCUGAAGCUGGUUGAGGCGCUUUCAGACUGCACACAGGACUGCAGACCGUGGCACAUCUCUGGGACCUGCAAUGACAAGUCUGAACAAUAGCCAUGCAGAGAAAACCAGUGACAUGUCUUCAAAGCAACCAGCGCCAAAAGUGCAGGUUCAGCGAUCUGUUUCCCGAGAAACCAUCACCAUUCAUUUCUCGGCAUUUGGGAAGGAGGAAGAGGAGGAGGAGGAAGCGUUCAAGGAGUCUCCCACUGAGGCACUGGAUGACCAAAGCAUUGUAACAGCACUUGAAGCUAAGGAAGACUUGUGCUUUGAUCAUGGUGACCAGGACUCUUCCGGUCCCACUACCUCGCUUAAUAUGGCUGCAUCCCCACUCACCUCAUCUCCCACACUUAUGCCAACUGUAAAGCUGUUGGAGUCUUCAGCAUCCCAAGUGUUCAGUGCGGUGCCAUUAGCUCUUUCGCCCUCCUCCCAUUUGUCUCAUGCCACAAGCUCAUCUGGUGUAGUGUUGCCUUCAGAACUGAAAACCAGCUUGUCGUCAUCUCUGUUGUCGUCCCCUUCCAAAUCACUUUUGUCUAGUGCAUCCUCCACUGUUACUAGCUCAAAGCCUUUCAUGAGUUUAGUGAAGUCCCUCUCAACAGACAUAGAACCAAAAGAGCCCAUUCCACCCACUAGACACAGACACUUAAUGAAAACCCUAGUCAAGUCUCUGUCUACAGAAACUUCUAAACAGGAACCUGAAUCUGUUUCCUACAAACCGCCUGACUCUAAACUGAACUUGCACCUGUUCAAACAGUUCACCCAGCCUCGGAGUACAGGUGGUGAUUCCAAAACAGCUCCCUCAUCCCCCUUAACAUCUCCGUUGGAUACUCGCUCCUUUUUUAAAGUACCUGAAAUGGAAGCCAAAAUUGAGGACACAAGAAGACGCCUUUCGGAAGUCAUUUAUGAGCCUUUUCAACUCCUCAGUAAAAUAAUGGGUGAUGAGAGUAGUAGCCACAGGCCCAAAGCCUUAUCUUCAAGUGCUUCAGAACUGUCCAAUCUUUCCAGCUUAAAUGGCCAUUUGGAAAGCAAUAACAACUAUAGCAUUAAGGAGGAAGAAUGUGACUCUGAGGGGGACUUCUAUGGAAGUGACUCCAAUAUAAAUAAGAGUAGUCAGCAGCCCCAAACAGCUGAAGAACCUGCAAAAGAGUCUGAAAGUAGAAGUUCCCCACUGUUAAGCACAAAGGACUUGAACUCAAAGGCUUCGUUGGUUCUGGAAAGGUGUUCUCUGUCUGCACUGGCAAGCAAAGCGGAUGAGGAGUUCUGUGAACUGUAUUCGGAGGACUUUUGCGUGAUAGAGGAUGAUGGUAAAUCUGACCAACAAUUGGAAAGUUCGCUGAAGACGGAGAUGCCUGAGGAAAGCUCUACAUCUUUGAACAGUGAAGCUGGAAUUGAACUACACAUGCAGCAGCCUAAACUUCCAUUGAAGACAUUGUACUUCCUCACAAUGUUGAUCUAUGCUUACCUUCUACUCCCUCUCCCUAGUUACUUCAGUGGACUCUUCUUGGGAGUUGCCAUUGGACUUAUGAUUGCUAUGUGUGUAAUUUGGCUUUUUACACCAAGUGCUAGGUAUAACCGGCUGCAUAGGAAUUGGAGCAAGCAGCUGAGUACAGAAUCUCUGGAUAUCCAGGAACCUGAGAUAUUGAAGGGCUGGAUGAAUGAAAUCUAUAAUUAUGAUCCAGAAACCUACCAUGCUACUUUAACUCACUCUAUCUUCGUGCGACUCGAAGGAAGCACCUUAAGACUUUCAAAACCCAACAAAAAUAUUUCCAGAAGGGCUACUUACAAUGAAGCUAAGCCUGAAGUCAUCUAUGUUAGCCAGAAAAUUUAUGAUCUUACAGACAGCAAGAUUCAUCUGGUUCCCAAAAGUUUGGCUCGAAAACGAAUCUGGAAUAAAAAGUAUCCUAUCUGCAUAGAGCUUGAGACACAAGAUGACUUUAUGGCUAAAGCCCAGAUUGAGAAAGAGACUUCAGAAGAGAAGCCAUCUGCAGAAAAAGUAGACUUAAGCAAUGAAGAAUCAAAGAAACCACCUCAGGAUGGAGCAAAGUCAAAUACUCAGAAGGAGCAAGUGCUUUAUCUCUUUGGAAGGACUGGUAGGGAAAAGGAGGAAUGGUUUAGAAGAUUUCUUCUGGCUUCCAAAUUAAAAUCUGAAGGAAAAAAGCCAAUUGUUCUGUGUGGAAACAAGCCAGGGUUCCUCCCAGCACACAGUAGAUCCAAUAGCCAGUCUGGAGUUCUUACACACAGUCGUAGCAGCAGCAAGGGGAGCACAGAAGAAAUCUUCUCUCAACCAAAGCAGAAGGAACUGGCAGCCAGCGUGAGACAAAAAAUGCUCCUGGAUUAUAGUGUGUACAUGGCAAAGUGUAUUCCAGAAGAACAUAAAAGCCCGAUAGCUAGUCCAGUUCACAGUGCCGACAGCAGCCCUACAACUGUGAAGAAGUUGCCUGAUGCCCAUUGUGAAGAGGAAGAGCAGGAAGCAUGGGUAAACGCUUUGCUGGGAAGAAUAUUUUGGGAUUUCUUGGGAGAAAAGUACUGGUCUGACAUGGUUUCUAAGAAGAUACAGAUGAAACUGAGCAAAAUAAAGUUGCCAUACUUCAUGAAUGAGUUAACACUAACUGAACUGGACAUGGGAGUUGCAGUGCCAAAAAUUCUUCAAGCCUACAAACCCACUAUUGAUUAUAAAGGGCUUUGGAUUGACUUGGAAAUAUCCUACAAUGGAUCUUUUCUAAUGACCCUAGAGACCAAAAUGAAUUUGACUAAACUUGGCAAAGAGCCUCUGGCUGAAGCACUGAAAGUUGGAGAGAUUGGCAAAGAAGGUUUCAGGCCACGGGCAUAUUGCCUUGCAGACAGCGAUGAAGAAUCUUCUAGUGCUGGCUCUUCUGAGGAAGAUGAUGCUCCAGAAGCAAUGGGAAGUGAGAAACCUUUAGUGCCGGGAACAGAAGGGUACAUGGGAGGGUACCGAACAAGUAAAAUUAUGAGAUUUGUGGAUAAAAUUACCAAGUCAAAAUAUUUCCAGAGAGCAACGGAGACAGAAUUCAUCAAAAAGAAGAUUGAAGAGGUCUCAAACACUCCACUGCUGCUAACUGUUGAGGUACAGGAAUGUAAAGGAAUGUUGGCAGUUAAUAUACCACCACCACCUACUGAUAGAAUAUGGUACGGUUUUCGAAGACCACCCUACCUGGAGCUAAAAGCUCGUCCGAAGCUUGGUGAGAGAGAGGUAACUUUGGUUCAUGUGACUGAAUGGAUAGAGAGAAAGUUGGAGCAAGAAUUCCAGAAAAUUUUUGUCAUGCCAAACAUGGAUGAUGUUUAUAUUCCUCUAAUGCAUUCUGCCAUGGAUCCCCGCUCAUCAGUGUGCCCUCUGAAAGAUCCUGUCACAGAGACUGCUUUUCAACCAUGAAAUUUGAAGACUGCAGUUUACAGUAUUAACAGCUUUUUUAAUGUUUUUUUUAAAUGAAACUGUCAGUAGGUUUUUGUCCUUGUGCCACAUUUUUUUUCUUUUUUUGAAGAGAAUUGCUUUAUGCCAAUUGUUCCCGUUGUUCAGAUAUUGCUCCUAUCUAUUUGAGUUAGUUGAGCAUUUAAUGCCAUUUCUAAGCCAGUUUAUAACUUUGCAGUGGCUGCUGUUGGGGUUUCAAAACAGUGGCUAUUGUAAAUCUUUCUCAGUAAAGAAUUAGGAAAAGAACAUUCCCACCAAUUGCAAUGAAUCCAGGAGUUUGGAUACAAAUGAAGUUGUUUGUAGGCUUAAUCUUGGCAAUGCAUACAUGCACAGCAUAUAGCAAAGCUUCCCCCUCCUCCCACCCUUUCUCUCAGGCAGUUGGAGGUGUAAACUGAACUGGUAUGUUCUUUCACUUCUGCAGUCUAUAGCUUGUGUCAAGCAAUUUUGAAAUAAACGUUUCUGGAGUUAAGAAUGUAAAUUGGAUGUAUAGGUAAUAUUGUGAAUCACUUCAUGUGGAUUAUACAUAGUAACUUAUUUUUUCAUAUGAAAUUAUGCUUCUUUUGGAAACAAGUAGCCAUAGAACACAUGCAAACAUACAGAAUUGGCUAAUGUGGGAUCUAGUGCUUUUUCAGUGAAAAAAGCAAACAUUAGGCAAAGCCAUGAGACCAAACCAUAGUAAGCCUUUUUUAGUGAGGUACAAUCACCAUGGCUUCCGAUUUUCAGUAAUGAAUGUCAAGACAUGAAUAUACAUGGAAGUGUCUAAUAGUGUGUGCACACAUGUGUGUAGACACUAGAAAUAAUUGCCAUUAGCCCAUAUGAAUUUGUUCCAGUUGAUUUGACUAAUCUUACAUUUCCAUGUGCAAGUUUCCUAAUUGCACCAAUGUUUUAGACAGCACACCAAGCCAAAGGUCUUCUAAGAGUGAUGCAAAACCAGAUUGUAAGUUAACAGCAAGUCUUCAUUAGCUAUUUCUUUGGGCACCUUUUGGGCCACCUUGGUGUGUGACAAUAAGUGCAAUGGCAGCUACAUCAGACUCCAAAGCAGCACUAAAGGUGAUGGCCAACACUUAAAGAGAAACUGCCUUGCUAUUCCUUUUCUGGAUCAAUAUUAAAAAUGAACAUGCACACUUAAAUAGUAACUAUUCUGAACACUAAUAAAUGAUCAACAUCAGUAAUGAAAGUUCUUGAUAUUCAAUAUUGCCAACUACUCAUGUCAAAAGAAUGUUGAUUUAGUUUACAAAGGUGAACUAUUGAACUCGCCUUUUAGUAGUGUACUAUGCUUAAGUAGUGUUUAGACUUUUUUGUACAUCAUGUUGUUCAAUAUGUUUCAUGAUUUGCCAUCACUGAAUGAAGCUAUGCGAGUGAAAGUUUUUUAAAGCACCUUGUUUGAAACACAUUUAAAGAAAAUUAGCAUUUAAUAUAUAAGUAUUCAUAUUUUGGCCACCUAUUUUUGUUACCUAAACUGGGUCUGACCAUUCUGUUUUCUCUACUGUUCCAGCUCUUAUUCUCACUAUGAAAACAUUUUGCCGCCUCUUGAAGUCUGCAUGUCUUAUUCACAGCUUUUUCCCCAUGUGCAAUAACAAUCCCAAUCUAAAGACUAGAUGCACUAAUAUGUAAAGUUAUUCCAGAUUUGACACAAGUGACUACAUUGCAAUUCAUAAUUGGAUUAUGUGGGUCAUUACAAUGGGCUUGCUUUGUUUUCUGAAAUAAAUUUAUCCCAUGUCAA